AAUCAAGCAAGCAGGAAAGUAUAACAAUAGUGAUGCUGAUUUAGCAAAGAACACACAGUCACCUGUUGUUGUCAAACAGAAAUAUAAAAAUAUUCUUAUUCAUUUUUGUUUUGUCUACAAACAGAAAUGUUGAAAAUGUCUGCAGACGCCAAUCCUUUGGGGCACAGUCCGAGCACCAGCACUUUUGAAGCGAGUCAAAAUUUUCCAGCACCUGUGCAAAUUUCAGGUGGCGAUGCUUACAAAAUGAACGGGAAAAGGCGCGGACGAGUGAUAAUUUUCAACCAGAUCAAAUUCCACAACGAAACCGAGCCUAGAGAAGGAAGCCAGCAAGAUGAGGAUCGAUUGAAGCAAGUUUUCGAAUCGUACGGAUUCAUUGUCAACAGAUAUCAGAACGUCAAUAAAUCGGACAUUGAUUACGUCAUUGGCAAAGUUAAAAAAGACCCUGAUGUGGCUGACGAAGACUGUCUAAUAAUUUGCUAUUUGUCUCAUGGUGAUGAACAUGGAAAACUUUACACGGUGGAGGGUGACAAAUUCAUCACCAUCGAAGAUUUGUGCGAGCCUUUCACGACCAGCAAUUGUCCGCAACUCGCAGGAAAACCCAAACUUUUCUUUAUCCAAGCAUGUAAAGGAAGCAAGGUGGACACAGGAACCGAAUGCAGCAUUGCGGUUGACGGAAUCGGAGAUUUGACAGAGGAAACCGCGGGAAUCCACAUAAUUCCAAAUAGAAUUGAUUUCUUUUUCGCAUUCGCAACUUCAGAAGGUCAUGUGGCUUUCAGACACCCUGAAGACGGGAGCUGGUUCAUCCAGAAAUUGUGCGACCAACUUGAGAAAGAGGAAACGCAUAGAAUGAGUAUUUUCCAAUGGAUGACCAAAGUGAACCGCGCGAUUGCCUUGGAAUGCAAUGAGACUGACGUGGAGAUCGCAAAUGAAUUUCAUCCCAGGGUUAAACAGGCCUCGUAUUUUACUUCAAGUUUGACAAAGGAUUUAAUUUUGGCUCCUCCGAGUAUAGUCUGCGUCACACACACCUCUCGAAAGAAAUCAAGAGAUAUCUCGGCGCGAUUCAAAACGAAGAAGGUAUUCGGCAGUGCGUGGGAAAAAGGUCGAUUCUUUCCGUUCGUCCGGUGCUCCAAGGAAAAAGGGACAAUGUCGCAGCUAGACUCGUCCGACAACAGGACCGCCGAGGAAUCCUCGGCCGACAACAACGGCGCCGACCAGGGUGACGCCUGGGGCUUCGGCAGUCAGAAUAAACUUGGAUUGGCCAAGGCGUCGGUGGAGAAGCACGAUUUCUACUACAAGAUGACGCACAACCGUCGUGGAAAGGCCAUCAUUUUCAACCACGAGUUCUUCAACAUGAGCAAUUUAUCCGUCCGAAAUGGAACGAACGUGGACGGAGAGAAUCUGAGGGACACUUUCGAGGCUCUCGGGUUCGACGUCACGCUGCACAAGGACCUCAUCUUGAGCGACAUCGAGUACGUCGUAAAUAAAGCUGCCAAAGAAAAUCACUCUGAUGCUGACUGCAUUGCCAUUGUGGUGCUUUCCCACGGCGAGGACAAAAUUUUGUACGCCAAGGACACUGAGUACAAGCCUGAACUUCUUUGGAACCCUUUCACAGCUGACAAGUGCCCGACCCUCGCCGGCAAGCCUAAACUGUUUUUCAUUCAGGCUUGUCAGGGUGAUAGACUGGAUAGGGGUGUGAUGCUCACCACCCAGCAUGAUGGUUACAAAUCUGAGAUAGGGUACAAAAUCCCUACAUACGCUGACUUUCUCAUAUCAUUUUCAACUGUGCCUGGCUAUUAUUCUUGGCGAAAUGUGAACAGAGGCUCCUGGUUCAUGCAGGCCCUGUGCGAAAUUUUCCGUCGCAGUGGCACCACCCUUGAUCUCCUCACCCUGAUGACUCUGGUGGCUCAAAAGGUUGCCAUGGGUUUUGAGUCGCAGUCGAGCGACCCGAACAUGCACGGAAACAAGCAGAUUCCCUGCACCACCACGAUGCUUACCAGGAUGCUCAUGUUCACACCAAAGCACGUUUAAUCCACACGAAAUUCCGCAAUUUCUGCAUUUAAAACUACUUCUAUAACACGUUUAAAAUCCGCAUAUUUUUCGAGCUGUGUCUUUCCAAAGCAAAUUAUAUAAUCUGUGCAUUUAACCCUAUCAAAUAUUUUGAAAUAACUUUUUUCUCUUCGCAAAUUAUAUAUUCUACGCUGAAGAUUGUAAGAUCGGAGUUUGAUAAUAAAUACCUUAUUAACUGCCAA